AUGACUGAUUUUGAUGCUUGGACAUCCAGGACUCUGGAAAAUGUCCUUGCAAUUUCUCCCGCUCAGGUGACUGGCCCCAUCAAUCUUGAUGAACUAGAUUCCAUUCUCAUUGAGAUACUGACUGAGCUGGGUACCCCAGAAAAAUUACCAUUGAGUUAUCUAAACAACUGCUACGAAAGAUGCUCUACCCUCAAGCAAAGGGUCAACAAAGAUCCUGCCAAACUAAGUGCGAUAGAUAAAAUCAUUGCCAAUGUCACCAAUUAUGGAUUGAUCUGCUUCCAAGUUCCUGGUUUUUUUUUUGACCACACCUCCUUAGAUCAGACUCUAGAUUAUGUACUCGAGUUUAUCAACCGUGGUUUUCUUAGAAAGAUUUUGUCUAACGCAAUUGAGAACGAUUCCAGCUUGGAAGUGUUGAAUAGCAUUGUCCCCAAUUUAAUGAACAAACUUUUGGCUGUCGAUAUGAUUAAUACGCCUUCUCCUGAAAUCAGCAGAUACUAUUUUAGUGUUAUGGAUCUACUGGAAACUAUCCUUGCAUAUCCAGCGCUUGCUGCAAUUUUUUCUGAGAUUGAUAAUUUUCAUCCACCAGAUUUGAAAUCUAACGAAUUCGAAACUCGUUCUUUGCUGGGACCACUUUUUAGAUAUUCACCAUUACUACCAGAGUUAGCGUAUAAGAACUAUGAAGCUUAUAUUUCACCGGGUUAUGUGGAUAAUAUGACCUCUAUCAAAGGCAUUCACGAGGGGUCACAAUUGGAAACGAAACUAAUUAUUGAUAGAUUGUUCUCCUUGACUAACAAGUUGGUCCGUGGAGGUGAGAAACCAAGAGCUGCUUUUUUCCGAUGGGCUGCAGAUUUGGUUAACAAAUCGCAUCUAAGAGUUGGCCAGCAGGUAAAUCCCAAAUUGGUCGCUUCAAACUCUAUAAUGUUCAAUAUAACUAUGAUACUCAUUAAGUUUUCCUUACCGUUUCUUGCAAAUGAAACGAAAUUACCAAAGAUCGACAUUGACUAUUUCAAUAAAAGACAAAUUGUGGAUUUUACCGAGGAAACAAAGAUUAAUUCCACUCUACAAGAGAGUGCUGAUUAUUACCAGGUUAGUGAUGAGGUGCCGAACUUUAUCAGUGACUGCUUCUAUCUAACACUCACUUAUCUUCAUUAUGGCCUUGGAGGAAUCUACAAUUGGGAAAAUAGGCUGAAGCAACAACUCAGCGGCCUCAGAAUGGAAAUUGUAAGAAUGGAGGCGCAACAGUCGAACCCCUCAGGUUUAAAUCCCUUUCUGGAGGGAAUUCUGAGAUUCAAGCUGCCUAAGCUCAAAAAGACCUACAAGAUCCUGCAAUCCGAGAGAUAUUCAAUUCAGAUGGUCAACAGUUAUAGGGAUUUACAGUCUGAGACUUUUGAUACCUUGUCAGGUGCAAUCAAGUUUUUCAUUAGAGUCAUUGACCCAUCUCAUGAAUAUCCUUCCAAAGAGUUAAAGUUACCUUUUGUGGAAUUAGCGGUUGAAGAUUUAGAUGAUCCAAAUGUUUUGAGGCAAAAAUCACCAGUGCCAUUUCGGUAUUAUCCCGAGUUUUUUAUUGAAGGAUUGAUAAAUUAUUUCUAUGCUGUAACCAAGCAUGGUAUUUACCCUCUGGUUUAUAGCAAUCGUAAUCUCACAACUUGGGUGCAAUUUCUUAUCAUAAUUUUGCGUUGCCCUGAGCUGAUGAGUAAUCCACACUUGAAGAGUCGGAUGGUAGAACUACUCUUCUAUGGAACUCUAAAGAAUACUCAAGGUGGUCCCGGAUUCAUGGACGACAUUAUCAAUUCGGAUCCUUUGGUUUCCAAUAACAUUAUGUAUGCUCUGAUUGAUUUUUUUGUUGUUGUUGAGAAAACAGGAUCUUCAAAUCAGUUCUAUGACAAAUUCAACACUCGUUAUCACAUUGGUACCAUUUUGGAGAAUUUGUGGGGAAACAAUGUAUUCAGAAAACAGCUGAAACGGCAAUCUACUCAGAACGUCAAGUUUUUUGUUCGAUUUGUUGCAAGAAUGUUGAAUGAUACAACUUAUUUAUUAGAUGAAUCGUUGAACAAACUGAUAAGUGUGCACAAUUAUGAGGCUGAACUUGGAAUUAGAAAGGGAGAACAGCCGAAUGGUGAACGUGACCCAGCGUUGUCUGAAUUAAGCGAUGAAGAAAUUGAACAAAGGCUUCAAAGUUCGGAAAGUCAAGCAAGGUCUCUGGUGGGAUUAUCGAAUAAGGUUAUCCAGCUUUUCAAUCUCUUCACUAAGGAACUUCCUUCAAGUUUUGUCAUUCCAGAAUUGGUUCACAGAUUAGCGGGAAUGCUGGAUUAUAAUUUAGUUGCAUUGGUAGGCCCAAAGUGCUCAAAUUUGAAGGUCAGAAACCCACAGGCCUACGACUUUGAUCCCAAGAGAUUAUUGUUCAAUCUAUGUUCGAUUUAUGUUAACCUUUCUAAGGAAGAAAAAUUUAUAGAUGCGGUGGCACAAGAUGAAAGGUCUUUUGAUAUCACAUACUUUAGGAAAGCCAGACGUAUUUUAGAAAAGCACGUUUAUCAAGCAACUGCAAGUUUCAGACAACAAUUUAUUGCAUUUGGGGACUCAGCUAUGGAGAAAAGAAGUCAACAGCAACAGGAAGAACUGGAGAUGGGAGAUGCCCCAGAUGAAUUUUUGGAUCCUUUGAUGUAUACAAUAAUGGAAGACCCAGUGAUUUUGCCAAGUUCUAAGGUCUCUAUAGACAGAUCUACAAUCAAAUCACACCUUCUCAGUGACCCGACGGACCCGUUCAACAGAAUGCCUCUUAAGCUAGAAGACGUGAUCGAUAACGUGGAGCUCAAACAAAGGAUUCAAGAAUUCAAGGGGAAAAAUAAAACCAGAACUGAACCAUAA